GAGAAAAUUUUGCGGCUCUGGCUAUCACAUUUCCUGAGUGUUUGUAAUCAGUGUCAAAGCGACAGCAUUCAUCAUCCGUAUGUAUCCGUAUUAAAUACUACCGUCUAUCGAGCGACAUUUAAAGCAACGCUUUUUCUUCAAAGAAAUAGUUUCAGCAGUCAACUCGGAAACAUCAAUAUGGACGAAGAUGAAUAUGCGUCGGACAGCGAUCAAAGUGACGAAGACUAUUGUCCCGACGAUCGCCAGACUGAAAAUCUAAGCGAGGUCGAUUCCGAUGACGAUGUGGACGAUGCAGAGACAAACGGCAAAGAUUCCAGUAAAACAAAGCCAUCGAAAAAGAGCAACAAAACGAAAAAUGAAACAAAGAAGCAGACGGAUGAUAAGGUCGAAAAUGCCGAAAGUGAAACAGUCGCUGAAGAUGCAGAAGACGAUAAAUCCAGAGCAGAUGCACUUUGGGCGGAUUUUCUGAGUGGCACAGAUCCAUUGCCUACUAAAAAGCCAGAGCAGAAAAAAGCUGUAGCCGUCGAGGAGACAACAGUUCGUGAUAAUAAUAUAAAGCCAGAGCCGGUAAAAGAACCGCCAAAAAAGUUGGUUACCCAAAUAUUUGAUUUUGCCGGUGAGAAGGUGGAAAUUACAAAGGAAAUUGAAGAGACCACAACUUCCACAACCAACGAAAAAGCGGACGGUAAAUCGAGUGGACCGAGUAAUGGUGCUGGACGACGCCCGCCGACUGGAGGUUUGAAACGGGCUGGCGGUGGCAUUGGAUCAGUAUUAGGACACUUAACAAAGAAGAAUAAAAUUAGCGUGUUGGAUAAGUCAAAACAUGAUUGGGAUUCGUUUAAGCGUAACGAAGGAAUCGAUGAGCAGCUGCAAACACAUAACCGAGGAAGAGAUGGUUAUUUAGAUCGUCAAGACUUUUUGGAUCGUACCGAUGUCCGACAAUUUGAAAUAGAGAAGAGUAUUAGACUGUCUAAGAGAAAUAACCGUUAAUUAUUAAAGGAAAACUU